CUUGCCUGACGUUUCCCUACCGCUCGCAGACACCAUGCUGGGGACCUUCUGCCUUCUCAUCGGCGCUCUGACUUAUGUCGACGCAGCCAAGGUGCUGACCCAGACGCCGGUGGUCCUGACAGUUCCUGUAGGACAACAAGUUGUUUUGGACUGCAACAUUCAGAGGGAUGACAACCGUGUCGUCAGUUUUUAUAAACAUAUUCCCGGAGACACUCCUCAGUUUAUUCUGUUUUAUUACCAUUCGUACUCCUCUCCUAGCUUUGGAGCAGGAUUCUCCUCAAGUCGUUUCGGUGCUCAAACGUCCUCCACUGUAGAUUACCAGUUAAUCAUUAAACAGGCAGAGGCAGGAGAUUCUGCUGAGUAUUACUGUAGCACAUGGGACAAGUCUGCGAGUGUAGCUGUAUUCGGAGGAGGAACCAAGCUGUUUGUGACAAGCUCUGACCUCCCGGCCCCCGUGGUGAAAGUCUUCCCACCGGCAAGUGCCGACCUUCAGUCCAAAGAGGCCACCCUGGUCUGUGUGGCCACUCAGUCGUCCCCGUUCGCAGACGUCACCUGGCUGGCUCGCGGCCUUCCGGUGAGCGGCGCCGUCUCGACCGGCCCUGCUCUGCGACAAGCGGACCAAACUUACAAAAUCAGCAGCUAUUUGACCGUGGAGACGUCCGACUGGAACACGGACGCCGAUUACACCUGUAAAGUGUCUUUGGGCUCCAAGUCUGCUGAAAACACCAUCAACAAAUCCAAGUGUGCAAUUUAGAUGGUCAGCAUUAAGGUUGCGUGCUGAUCAGGCCAUAGCAAUGAUGUGUUUGUAUGCUUAUAGGGAGUGUUUACUUUUACUUUCUACUUUGUACCUGCUAGAAUGUAUCAGAAUUCUUCAA